UCACAUUUGUCACUUGAUCUUUGAACUGCCUCGCCUGACUGUUUGCAUUUUGCGCGUGAUAGAAGAGGUGUUAUCGAUUUUCUUGUUUUCAAGCUCUUUAUUAAGCUUGCUUUCGUUAGAAGAUGGCAGACGGAAUUCCAAAUACUGAAAGGGUGGAGAAAGUUGGCGACUUAACCAUUUAUGUCGUGGGCGAAGAUUCCAAAGAUAAAAAAGACGAGAAGGAAAACAUCAAGAGAAAGGAGGUUAUGAUAACAUUUCAUGAUGUCGGAAUGAACCAUAAAACAUGCUUUGAAAGGUUCUUCCAACAUGAAGAUAUUGUCCACCUAUUGGAUCGCUUUGUUAUUUACCAUGUGGAUGCCCCAGGACAGGAAAGUAAAGCAGAAAACUUGGCAUCGGAUUAUCAGUACCCAUCCAUAACAAAACUAGCAGAGAUGGUUGGUAAUGUGAUUGACCACUUCAACUUGAGUGAUGUAGUUUGUUUUGGAGUUGGAGCUGGAGCAAAUGUUCUCACAGAAUUGGCAGUAUCAAAAUGGGGAGAGAAAAUUGCAGGAUUAGUUGUGGUUGAACCAGGCAUUUCCACAGCAAGCUUCAAAGAAUGGGGAGCAGGAAAGAUCAAAGCGCACCAACUCGACAAGAAAGGAUUUACAGAGGAUACUAUAAAAUACCUCAUGUGGCACCAUUUUGAAAGGAACUCUGGGAAGCCAAAAGUGGAGUUGGAAGAUCAAUUUAUGAAGGAUGUCAAAGAGCACAUGAAUCCACAUAAUGUGGCAGCAUUCAUUAAGGCCUACAAUAGCCGCAGUGAUCUAAUGAAGGACAUGAAGGGUCACAAACUUGAUGCAAAGACAGGAGUCCUAGUGGUGACUGGUGAACAUUCUCCCCAUCGCAAGAAUACGGAGGAUAAAUUUUAUUAUGGUGAUGUACUGAAGCAGACAGAUGUGAAAAUCAAGAGUCUUCUCACCCCUGACUGUGGAGCUAGUGUCCUGGAAGAAAAGCCUGAGAAGAUGUCAGAAGGGCUGCUGCUGUUUAUCCAAGGACUUGGAUUGGUACCAACACUGCGUACACGUUCAAUGUCUCGAACCAGUUCAACAUCAUCUACUGGAUCUAGGACCCAGUCCAUGAGUGAGGAUUAAGUCCAAACGUAAACGUCCAUUUGAUGACUAUUUUGGUCGCUUUCCAGGAUAUACAUUUGUGCGUGAUGGAAUGUAAAGAUGGAUUUAAGCACGUCUACAAUGACUUUCUUUUAACCAAGGAUGUAUAAUGUGGAUGAAAAGUAAUACUAGUGACGUGGAUUGGCAUUCGAUGAGAUGAUUUGUAAAGAUAAUGCCUCAGCUCUGAAAACUGAAUUAAACUUGGUUAAAUAAAAGGAAGUAUUCUUAGUUGCUUUUUACUCUUUCAUAGCUAGUUAGUCUUUAUUCAGCAGGAAAAUGUAAGAGUGAGAAGUAGAUUCAUGGUUGUCAUUGUCAAGGAUAAUUUCUGUUUAAUGUAGACAUUUCACAGCGACAUCAACAAUAAAAUUUGUCAUUAUUCCCUCUU